CUUGAAUAACGUAACCGUGCACGCAAGACGACAUAGUGCAUAUACACACGAAGAUGAAUGACGAUCUUUGGUCGUUUUUGAUAGCAAUGUUGUCGAGAUUUGACAUUGAUGCUAAAGAAACGUUUAACUACGAGAAAUUCCGAACGCUCUGCGUCCGACUGUUUGAUGUAGAUGAAGUCGAGCAGGAUGAAUGGAGGGUACGAGAGAUCUUUGAGCUAUUUGAUGCAAAUGCGGACGGUGUGCUGAACGAUGAAGAACUGCUCAGCUGUUGUAAAUGGAUACAUACGAUUGUGAAUCCCGUUCAUGUUUUGCUAGUCAUCGACGUACAGAACGAUUUUAUCGAUGGCACGCUGGCACUUCGAAAAUGUGGCCUUGGGCAAGAGGGGUUGGAAGUGGUGGAACCGAUAAAUCGGCUUUUGAAGGAGGGUAACUGGGACAAAGUGAUAUAUACACAGGAUUGGCAUCCCGAGAAUCACAUCAGCUUCUUUGAAAAUCUGGCGAUGCGCAAACUUCAUCCGAAAUCUAAGAUCACUAAGGAAAUGGCGAAACCCUUCGACACCGUUGUUUUUUUGCAACCUCAUAUAACGCAAGCACUUUGGCCAAGACACUGUGUUAAGAACACUUGGGGCGCUGAACUGCAUAAAGAUCUGCUAAUAUUGCCUUCUUCCGAACGGGUAUAUAAGGGUCAGGAUCCAGACAAAGAAUCAUAUUCAGCAUUUGCGGAAAAAGAUGCGAAAGGCCUCUCAGAACUUGAAAAAAUAUUGUCGACCGUUGGAGUCACGCUCUUAUAUGCCUGCGGUCUCACCUAUGAUAUAUGCGUAAAGGAGACGUGUUUGGAUGGUUUGCGAUUGGGUUAUCCUGUAGCUGUGAUUAAUGAUUGCUGCCGUAGUGUAAAACCCGAUGAUACAACGACUAAAUCAUAUAUUGAAAAUGGCGCACUAGUGGCAUGUUCUGACCGCAUACUGUCCUUAGUGAAUGAAGGCAAGCAUAGUCUAGUGAUGGCGCAUCACGCCGCGAAGAUUACAAGUUAAACAAAACCUAUUCUUAGGUUCAUUAAGUAAUCACAAUUAUGUAAAAAUAUUUCUUGAAA